AUGAGCGAGAAUUCGAAAAGUGUCGAUAAAUCAGAGACCAAAUCAGAGUUAUCCUUCGCAUCGAACCCCCCUUUCUCCCUCGAAAUCUCUCCUGAAAAACUUGAAGUUCCACCGGAAGGAUUGUUAGAAGUCACCGUAAAGAACCCAACAGAAAACAACCAAUACUUUUCCUGCUACUUCGAUUCUUUCUACUUUUUGGUUGAUUUCAAGAAUGCGAAUUGGCACCAGAAAGGAGACACCCCGUCGGCUGCAGAGGCUUAUCACACACUGAAACCUGGUGAGACGUACACGUUGACUAUUGGAUACGAUAAUGGGAAGUAUCCUGAAAAAUUAUUGCAAAAGUGUUCUACUUGCAAUGAUCGGAAAAGAGUUGUUCGGGAUGAUACGAAGAAACAGCGGCUGGACCCUAAAGAUAACAUAUACUACAAUUUGGAAAGACCGGAAGGUAAACUGGAAAUCAGCCAACGGGCUAUAAAAAUGGAUUGUCCGGUUUCGCUUUGGAGAGAUAUGGAUAUAUACUUGAGUGAAGAGACUGAAAAGUAUCGGAUGUUAAAGGACGUUUAUUUGAAGAUCCGCCUCGAUCAAAAACGACGUGCUCGCUGGGGUGAGAGGCUUGAGACUCUUGGCGCUGCAACCUAUCGACGUUUCAAAAAUGAAAAUGGUCCGAUCCACGUUUCUAGUUUCAAAUCGAACAAAACUAAUCCAGAGACGUUCUGGGAGAAAGUGCUGUUUACGCGGUGUACUCCAAAGAACUUGGAGGAGUUUGACAAAGUAUCGGAUGAUGAGAUAGAGAAGAUAAAGACGGAGAGACGAGAGACAUACACAUAUGACUGGUUUAUUAUAAACGUGGAUGACUUGCAAAAAGUGGUUGAAGAGUGUUGGGAAGACCAAUGUCAGUGUGAAAUGCCCAGACUGCUAACGAAAGAAGAAAUGAUAAAAUAUUUGGAAUCUAUAAGAAACGUGAAGAAAACAUCUAUUCAGGAGGUUGUGAAAUCGGAGAAACCGAAGACUAUUGAGGAGCCAAAAGAGAAAUCUAAAAAAUCACUUAAAAAACUUCCGCAACCCGAAAAAUCUGCACCAUCCAGCAAGUUUGAUAAUGUUGAGUCGGCUAACAAGUCAUCGGAGAAAUUGAAACAGGAAGAAGAGAAGAUUGAAGAGAAAAAGACGCCAACGACACCCCAGGUAGCGCCAAUUCGAAAGGAGAAGAAACCGGUGGUUCAAGAAAAGAAAAAUAAGAAGAAGAAGAAAGGGAAUCCAUGUUGUUCGGUGUCUUGA